AUGUCAGGACACCAGGAGACCAGUGUUGACUGUUCCACUCAAAAGAGAGGUGAGGUAGACCAAGGUGAUGUGAUUGAUGCAAGACCAGAUAGAAGUAGCAGAUUCUCACUUUUUGAAAGAAAAAGGAAGAAUGGAGAAGAGGAGCAGCCCAAGUCUUCUCUCAGUAAUCAGUACCGAAUUGUUACACCCACGUUCCAGUAUAACAUGGACUACAAGAAAGUUGGGAAGUGUAUUAUUAUAAACAACAAAAAUUUUGAGGAGAAAACAGGAAUGGGCACACGCAAUGGCACCGAUAAAGAUGCUGGAGAUCUGGCUAAGAGUUUUAGAAGUUUGGGUUUUGAGGUUUGCAUACACAAUGAUCGAAGCCGUGAUGAUAUGGAAAAAUUACUGAGGCAAGCUGCUGAGGAGGAUCAUGGUGAUGCUGCUUGUUUUGCCUGUAUCCUUCUAAGCCAUGGGGAAGAAGGCCUUAUCUAUGGCACAGAUGGACCCAUGGCAAUCAAAAGUCUGACUGCACUCUUCAGAGGAGACAAAUGUAAAAGCCUUAUAGGCAAACCCAAAUUAUUUUUCAUUCAGGCAUGCCGAGGCUCUGAAUUUGAUGAAGGGAUACAGACUGACUCUGGGCCUGCAAAUGACAAUCUGGAAACAGAUGCUAAUCCUAGAUACAAAAUUCCAGUAGAAGCAGAUUUUCUGUUUGCGUAUUCCACUGUGCCAGGUUAUUAUUCCUGGAGAAAUCCUGGAAGAGGCUCUUGGUUUGUGCAGUCUCUGUGCUCUGUCCUAAAUGAGCAUGGAAAACAACUGGAGAUCAUGCAGAUCCUCACGCGGGUCAACUACGUGGUGGCCACGAAUUUUGAGUCGCAGUCAGAUGACCCACGCUUCAGUGAGAAGAAGCAGAUUCCCUGCGUGGUCUCUAUGCUCACUAAAGAACUUUAUUUCUGAAAACAUUUUAAUGCAGCCAAUGGCAUGAGAU